AUGCCUUCCCGUGUUUUCCACUCAUUGAACUCAAUGAAUAAACAUUUCUCUCCAUUACCCGAAGACGAAAGAAGUACUCCAUCGAUGUCAAGAGAAGGAUUCACUCUUGAUAUCCUUCUUCCACCAGUCAUUCCACAAGUGCCCUGUUUCGCGUCUGUACAAGCCCGUAUGCAAUAUGGAGUUGAAACGAGCUUCAAAUCAAGACUUCAGCAGUACUUCAUUGAGAAUCACUCAUCAAGUCUUCGGAUCCGAAUCUUCAACUUUUUCAUCAAAGUUCUUUCGUGUAUUUUGUACAUUGUGAGGGUGAUUGAAGAUGAUGGAGUCGUCGAUCCAGGCGCAAAGAUACCGCCAAUCGAAUUCCCGCCUAAUGGAACGGCUUUAUGUAACGACGUUUUUUGGAUUAAAAUCUCAUGGAAUCUAUGGGCUUCACAAACGUUUGUGGCAGCGAUUAGCAUAACCGAAACGCUACUCAUCUUCUACAUCACAUUCAAGGGAAAUGUGUGGCGUGUCCUGAUGAACAAGCAUUUUCUCCUCGAAAUGGUCACAAGUUUCCCGCUAAUCAUGACGGUUUUUUUCCAAGAAUAUCGAAUCAUGUUUGUGCCAGUGUUCCUCAAUUGUUGGCUAGCGAAAAGUGAACUUCAAGCAAUGCUGCACGAUUUAAACCGUGUCUCCAUUGUCAAUCAAUCGGCUUUAAGUCGUCAAAUGGUCAUCUUGUUCUCUACGCUUAUUUGUUUAUUGUUCACAGGUGCUUGCGGUUUUCAACACUUGCAACGAUGUGGGGAUCGGCGAGUCGAUUUGAUUACGAGUUUCUACUUUACAAUGGUCACUUUCUCGACAGUUGGAUAUGGAGAUUGGUACCCUGACACGUGGCUCUCGAAAUUGCUGGUAAUCGGUUUGAUCAUCAUGAUGUUGUUGAUGUUACCACAACAACUCGAGAAACUCACUCAAACUUGGCUCGAGAAGGAACGAUCUGGAGGAGAUUUGGCGACUGGAUGGGGAAAUCAGGAAGCGCAUGUCGUUGUCACAAUCACUCAUUUGGAAGUGGAGUUUAUCAAAGACUUCUUGACUGAAUUUUAUGCUCAUCCGGAGAAUCAGUUGAAACUCUGCAUCCUUUUAUCCCCAUCAGAACUGGAUAACCAAAUGAGAAUGUUGCUGAAAAUUCCCCUUUGGUCACAACGAGUGAAAUACGUGAGAGGCAGUGCGCUGAGGGAUGAGGAUUUGGAGAGAGCUCGAGUCAGCACGGCAAAAGCGUGCUUUAUUCUGUCGGCUCGACACGUGCAAAAGAAGAUCACAACGGACGAACACACAAUCCUCCGCUCUUGGGCCAUCAAGGAUUUUGCGCCUCAAGUCCCGCAAUAUGUUCAAAUCUUUCGACCUGAGACAAAAAUGCAUUUGAAUCAUGCUGAAGUUUGUAUCUGCGAGGAUGAGUUGAAGUAUUCCCUUCUGGCGAACAAUUGCGUUUGUCCGGGAAUUUCCACAUUCUUGACGCUUUUAAUGCACACAAGUCGAGGAGAAGAAGGCCAAAAAUCUACUGAACCCUGGCAUAAAGUCUACGGUUUUCAUUCUGGCAAUGAAAUCUACGACAUCAUGGUACAAGAUUCGAAAUUCUUUGGUGAUUUCGUUGGAAAGAGCUUCACUUAUGCAUCAUUUCAUGCACAUAGAGCAUACGGUAUUGGGUUGAUUGGGGUGAAAACGAACGAGAUCGAGUCAAAGAUGAGACUCAACCCUGGCCUCACGCACAUCAUUCAGCCAAGUGACACCGUUUAUUAUAUGGGAUUGACAAAUGAGGAGUCAUUGUAUGAUUUCCGGAAAGAUCUGAAGAAUCAACGACUAAAGGCAACGUUGGCCAAUUCGAUCGCCAAUGUUGGCACUGUUGCCAUGGAUGUUCCACAUUUGGAAUCAGGAGGAAACAAUGUGAAACGAGAGAAACGAAAGAGGAUUGGAUUGUUGAGAAAAGCAAAGCAAACGGAUGAGAUGAGACUGAUUGAGGUGGAGAACAAUAUCGAUCGACGACCGUCUGUCGGAAUCGUCGCUGAGAACAACGAAUCCACCUCUACAUCAAGCGAUGAAGAUGAGAAUCGCUGUGAUCGAUGUCUCAAUGCCGGCAGAGUUCGAUGUAUUCAAUCAGAAACCGAACGCUCGUUUCCGAAGCGAAAAACCUACAUCGGAGCCAGUCCCACAGUUUGCCAUGUGUUGAAGAAAAAGAGGGAUCUCUGCUGCUUGCAAAUUCAUAAGGCUUGCUCCCAUUUCCCUUAUGUCUCGGCAAAUAAAUACAAAUGGCAAAACUCGGCAAUCAUCCUGGCUGCCGAUCGAGUCUCAUCCGGAAUGUACAAUUUGAUCAUCCCUCUGAGAGCCUACUAUCGACCAGUGCACGAUCUUCGUCCAAUCGUUUUGUUAUUGGAACAAGAAGGCGGAGAAGAUCCAGAUCCCGUUUUUCUUGAUGUCAUUUCCUAUUUCCCGGAUAUUUAUUGGAUGCCUGGAAGGUUAUCAAGUUUGGACAGUCUCCUCAAAGCCGGCGUUUGUCAAUCGGAGAACGUGGUUGUGGUGAGAGAAACGGCUGUGGUUGGAGAGGAACACUUGGCGGAUUCAACCACGAUCAUUACUGUGCAGAAAAUUCACUCCUGGUUCCCGGCUCUCCGUAUCGUCACCGAGUUGACCCAUACAAGUAACAUGAGAUUUAUGAUGUUCAAUCCGCACGAUCCCUACUCGCUUCAACAAAGCAAAUUUGAAAAGAAAGAACGCAGGCGUGGCUCCAACAUGCCUUACAUGUUCCGUUUGCCUUUUGCUCAAGGUGGUGUCUUCUCAGCAAACAUGUUGGACAGAUUGUUGUAUCAGUCUAUCAUCAAGCCAUAUCUCGUGAGCUUGACUCGGCUCUUCUUGGGAAUCGAUCAGAAUCCGGGAAGUGGAUAUUUGGCAUCGUUCGAAAUCACUGAGGAAGAUUUGUGGAUCAAAAGCUAUGGUCGAUUGUAUCAAAAGCUGUGCUCAUCUGUGGCCGAUAUUCCGUUGGGAAUCUUUCGGUCGAAAAGAAUGGAUGCUACUACGGUAUCAAUCGAUAUCGAGGAAAGAUGUCGAUCUCUUGAAAUCCCGAACACUCACCGUUUCAUGAAAAAUGAAGUGAGAGAUAUGGUGAAGAAUCGAAUGAGAUAUUUGGAUAUGAGUCUCGAUGAUCAUAAUCUUGAUCGAUAUGAUAACCGAGAUACAAUGAUCAGCUAUGUUCUCAUCAAUCCAUCCGCUGAUUUGGCGCUCGAGGCCGGGGAUAUUGUCUACGUUCUCCGUAGCCCGGUCAGCGAGAAUGCUAAACCGACAAAAGUGAAUCCACGACGAGGAUUGAGAAGAUCGAGACAAGUGACUGAGGCCAGCGAACCACCGCCCUAUAAUGCAUCUCAAGGAGUGCCACGAAUUAUAGUCCCA